CAGAAUUCUAAUUGAUACGACACAAUGUGAUUGCAAAUUCAUGAAGUAUUUUACGUAAUAAUAUUCGUAAUGAAUGGAAAACUAAUUCAUCAAUUUAUAUCUUGUAACAAAAGUAAUCGAAACAAAUUAUGUAUCGCUCAAAAAAACAAGUUCGUAAAACACUUUCAUACGUAUAACAUUACUAGUACUUAACGUUGUUUCAUAAAAGAGCGAUUUCAACCAAUGAGAUCUCGGUAAAUGAAAUGAACGAAAUACUCGCUUGUGAUUGGUUGUAAAAUUUUAACAUUUUUGAUAUAUAAGCUACGGUGUCCUAGAAGGUGUUAUUAUUCAGUAUUCGUACAUUCUAGUUCUUCUGUAUUUGUUAACGUGUUUAAUCUCAAGAAUCAUGUCUGGUCGUGGUAAAGGCGGUAAAGUCAAGGGAAAGUCAAAGACCCGUUCUUCCCGUGCUGGUUUGCAGUUCCCGGUUGGUCGUAUCCAUCGUUUGCUCCGGAAAGGAAAUUACGCUGAACGUGUCGGAGGCGGUGCUCCAGUAUACUUGGCUGCCGUUAUGGAAUAUUUGGCCGCUGAAGUUUUGGAGUUGGCAGGUAAUGCCGCUCGUGAUAACAAGAAAACUCGUAUUAUUCCGAGGCAUUUGCAAUUGGCCAUCAGAAACGACGAAGAAUUGAACAAAUUGUUGUCCGGUGUCACCAUUGCUCAAGGUGGUGUCCUCCCGAACAUUCAAGCUGUUCUUUUACCGAAGAAAACCGAGAAGAAAGCUUAAGCUUUCCAUCAUUAUCUAAAACGGCCCUUUUCAGGGCCAACAAAA